AUGACAAAUUUGACCAAAUUAGAAUUUGUCGCUCUUGAUAUCAAUGGCAAUAAUUAUUUGUCAUGGGUACUAGAUGCUGAAAUCCAUCUUGAUGCCAUGAACCUGGGAGAAACCAUCAAAGAGGAAAAUACAACCACAAGUCAGGAAAAUGCAAAAGCCAUGAUUUUCCUUCGUCACCAUCUUCACGAGGGGUUGAAAAUGGAGUAUCUGACAAUAAAAGACCUACUUGCCUUGUGGCAAAAUUUGAAAGAAAGAUAUGAUCAUCAAAAAACAGUUAUUCUUCCUAAAGCUCGUUAUGAAUGGAUGCAUUUGAGGCUCCAAGACUUCAAAUCAGUAAGUGAUUAUAAUUCUGCACUAUUCAAAAUCAGUUCGAAAUUGAAGUUAUGUGGAGAAAAAAUUACUGAUAGUGAUAUGCUAGAAAAGACAUACUCAACCUUCCAUGUCUCGAAUAUACUCUUGCAACAACAAUAUCGAGAGAAAGGUUUUAAGAAAUAUUCCGAGCUCAUAUCAUGCCUUCUGGUUGCUAAGCAAAAUAAUGAGCUAUUGAUGAAAAAUCAUGAAUCUCGACCAACGGGAGCAACACCAUUCCCAGAGGCGAAUGCUGUAAAUUUCAAUAAUCGUGGUCGAGGUCGAGGUCGUGGUCGAGGGCGUGACCGUGGCAGAGGAAGAAAUAAUUUUUCAUUUCGUGGUGGGCGCUAUAAUCGUCCAAAUUUUAAAAGAACCACAUGA